GGGGAUCUUGCGCAUCUGCGGAAUGAGCAAGGAUGAGCGAGCAUGACUCAUGUGUCAGCCACGCCGCCGCCCAUGCGCUUAGCGUUUCUUAUCCGCCGGAUAAGAUCAGAUCCCCACAGAGCAUAUCGAGAUAAAUACUUACCACCAUGCCGCAAAUGUUACCAUGUCAACAAACCACAGCCUCAAAGAAGCUUCGAGCGCACAAGCAGAAAGAUAAUAAGCAUCAUCUGCCAAGCAUCUUCCUCCUUUGAAAAGGUCUCAAAAUAUCCAAACCAAUGCACGCUAACAUUGCCACUACCUCCUUCCAAACCAACCAUCUACUAUCCACCAUGGGAUCCGAUACUUUAUACUCCCCACCAGUAGGGAUGCACGCCAUUCCCCACCACCUCUUAGAUCUCCGUGACGACUCCCAGAUCGACCACGACAUCACCCAUGCAAAGCCCGUGAGCAACGAGAAGAACAUCUGGUUCUUUUGGACGAGCGGUUACCGGAACAUGCAUGCAUACACCCAGCGCAACGUGCGGGCAUGGCACCGCCGCCUUUCCAAGCUCGGCUGGACGAUCCGCGUACUCGACUGCGACAACGUGCGCGAGUACCUCGACGUCACGGACCCGAGCCUCUUCCCGCGCGCCUUCGCCGACGGCACCAUCGGCGGUACCUAUGCGCCGCAGCACACGUCGGACCUCGUUCGCUUCCCGCUCCUCCUGCGGUACGGCGGGAUCUACGCCGACGUGGGGAUGAUCCAGAUCGGCGAUCUGGACCGGCUCUGGAACGAGACGAUCGCAAACCCCGCUUCGCCGUUCGAGGUCCUCUCCUAUUUCACGGGCCUUCCCGACGAACGCGGCCUGACGAACUACUUCCUCGCAGCGGGAAAAGACAACCCGCUCUUCCUGCGGUGUCACAAGCUGCUGCUGAAGUUGUGGGAGGGGAAAACGUCCACGGACGGCAUGCAUGCGAGUCCCUUGUUGAGGGGGGUGCCGUUGAUGGGGGGUUCGUUCAAAAUCGAGGAGAAGGGGGAGGACGGGGGCAGCAGGAUCUUUGACGAGAAGGAGAGCAGUAGGUUAUUGACGGAUUACAUCAUCCAGGGCCAGGUGGUAUCGAUGGUCAUGGGGCUCGUGGACGACGACGAGGAGGAGGACGGCGGCGGCGGCUGGAACGGGCCGGAAUAUAUCCGCGACCACCUCUACGGGAUCGACUUCAUGGAAGGAUCCCAGCUGAUCAACGUCUUCACCGAAUGGGACGGGCGCAAGGCGUUCGAGUUGAUGUCGCUCCCGCUGCCGGCGCCAGGCGAGGCCGAGACGGCGGAGCAGAAGCAGGCGCGCGAGAUCGUGGAGGGCUGUCUCACGCGGAGUUUCGGGUUCAAGCUCGCCCACGGAUUGAUCUUGCGGGUGUACAAGGAGACGCUGGGGUCGCUGUGGAGGAAGCACGACGGCUCCGAUAUCGUCCCCGGGACGUACGCGCAUCUGCUGCGCCAUGCGGUCGUGUACUGGAACCAGGAUGCGCUUCCGCCGACGCUGGAGUUCACGAAUCUGGAGCCGAUCAAGAGGGGUCCGUUGUUGAGGGGUGUGUAGUCGGGAUGGUUGGUCGAGCUUUAACUAUGUUUGUUUCCGAUAGAGCCAUAGACAUGACUAGAUUGGUGACCUGGUCGCGAUGCGAAUGAUUGUUUUAAACUGCUAGAUUGUAUAAGGUCGUACAUGAUAAAUGUCAAUUAUGCCACCACUGCCCUCAUCUCAGCUUCAGAAGUGGCAGGAGAUAAAUAUAACGAUUUCUGAGCUCAU